AUGGCAAUGGAUGGAGCUCACCGAAGUAUUACCGCGCCGAACCCGUCCCCCGGCACUCCGGCACCGCUUCCCCCGCCACCGGUCGCAGCACCGGCGACCCCGGCCCCGAGCACCCCAGCUCCGCCGGCACCGGCCCCGGCUACCCCGGCCCCGGUCGUCAUUCCGCACGAUGACCGAAGCAAUGUCCAAGACAUUGUAGCUAGCAUUCAACAGUUAUUGACCAAAUUGCUGGAGCAACAUCAGCAAGACAUUCAAACUUUGACAUCCACCGGAAAUGCCAAGCUCAUCACUCCUGUGGGGCCCCCAUUGCCUCUCAACGAGGAUUUAGAUGUUCAGAAAGCCACGAGCGAAGCUGCUGAGAUGCUAGAGGUGCCUGACAUGCCAGACGUAACAGCAUCGGAGGUGCCAAGUGUCUUUCACGAGGAGCUUCUUGACAUGCAGAUGGUCCCUGUGAAGUUUUCAGUUUACACGCUGUCCUUGCCCAACACUUGCUUAGACCAGGGCAGUGAUCUGGCCAAGCAACACUGCCAAAUCAUGUUCAAAGGCGGUCAGGAUCAAGCAACAACGCGUGAAAUCGCAUUUCAGCCGCCCGCCUUGCAGUCGACCUUGCAACCCACGCUGCCGGGAGAACUUCCUUCAGGGGAAGUCGUCAUAGCUGACUGGACUGCUGGCACCGACGUCGGUAUGGAUUGCUUCAUGCAUGUGCCCGAGCCCUGUCCAGCGCGUUUCGCGUUGGAGGUCUGGUGCAGUGGUUCGAAUGUGCCCGUGGCAGAGGGCUUCGUCAGAGUUGGUGAGCAGCGACAACAAGUGAGGCUAAGUGUUGGAGGAAUCCUCGACGUUGAAGUUAUGGCUAUAAAGCCAACGAUGGACAGCCCGAUCCGUGACAAGCAGGUCAGGCAGAAUAUCCGGUCUCGCUUGGAGACGGUGCUUGCUGAGCAGCAUCAGGCACAAGUCAUCAUGGCUCGCGACCUUAUUGCAGCUGUGAAGAAAUGUGGUAAGUCCGAAGCUUCGGGCUUCUCGUACUCCCUGGAAGAAAAGGAAGUUGAGGAAGCCAUUCUGGAGCUCAGGCACAUUUUUCAGAGUUAUGUUCUCAAGGUCAACAAGAGAGGUUUAACAAAAUCGAAGACACCAACGCAUGUGAUUGCUUUCCAUCAGUUUUUGAAGUGCAUGUUUCUGGAAGACGUCCACAUGUAUGCACGGGAUGAGGAGGUUCAGUUGACCCUUUUCAUCAUUCAGCGUGCAAUGCUUGGGGCCGAUAUGCCUUCAGCAGGCACAUCUCGUGCGUUGCUCUUGGCAAAUCAGAAACGGAAGGAGCAAAGGGACCGACCCAGCAUGCAGAAGCUGCUCAUUGACACAAUGACUGCCCUGUCGACCGCGGCCAUCAUCGCCAGCGUGGCAGCAUCAGGCAUCUCCAUGGAUGUUGCUGUUGGUGAACCAGGAUGGGUUGUCUUGGACACACUGUGUGCUGCAGUGUUUGUGAUGGAGGUCAUUGCCAAGCUUUAUGUUCUGACACCACGGCAAUACUUCUGUGGGCCUGCGGGAGCAUGGAAUGUUUUUGACUUGGUAUUGACUGGCGCAGCAGUUCUGGAAACCGUGCUCAGCUUUGCUGCAGGCAAUGGAGGCUCCCAGAGUCGGGUUGCCAUGAUGCUUCGAGGACUUCGCCUUGCAAGGCUGGCUCGCGUGGCCAAGCUCAUGCGAAUGCCAUUACUGCAGGAGCUGGCCACCAUUGUCUCAGGCUUCUUCAUCAGCCUGCGGCCGCUAUUUUGGGUCCUGCUCACCCUCUUCCUGGUGGUGUACUUCAUCGCAGUAUUGCUCCGUGCAACGCUCGAAGGCUUUAGAUCGGCUCGCUCCUGUGGUGACGACGGUGUGGGAUCGGAAAAGUGUCCCUUCCACUUGGAGCAAGGCCACCUAUACUGUACUGAUAUUCUCGGGUGCAUGUUCUCCGUGUUCCGCUGCAUCAUCGGCGACUGCACCACCCACGGAGGCGAAAGCCUCGUGAUGGUCUUCAGCGAUGGAUUCGGAAUGGGCUUUGAUCUCGUAUAUGCAUUUGCCAUGGUGGUAGUCACCUUUGGUCUUUUCAAUAUUAUCACCGCCAUCUUUGUGGAAGCCACGUUGAAAGGUUUGAAGGCCAGCGAUCGUCAGCAAAAGUUUGCAAGGGCCCAUCAGUCUGGCUGGAUGACGCAACAGCUAGCCCGCUUCGUGGAGCUGGCUACGCAGGAGGUGAUGAACUCGAGGAAGAGGAGGACCAAUCAAGGACAGGAAGUCAUGAGCCCGCUCAUAGGUCGGAUUACUUCAUUAGGUUUGACCAUGUCCAAUGCAACAUCCGCCGAGAAGGCACUGGCAGAGGAGCUUUUCGUGACAGAGGAAGAAUUCCUACGCCUGAUUCGGAAGACCGAAGUCCAGCAAUUGCUUUGCGACAUGGAUAUAAAUGUAGAGCCCCGUGAGGGCAUUUUGGCCGCCUUCGUGACUGAGGAGGACGGAUCUGUCUCUAUGUCAGAGAUCGUCUCUGGCCUGAUGCGAUUUCGGGGUGACCUCCACAAGAUCGAUAUGGCUAUUGCUCGCUCUGAGCUUGAGAACUUGCAGCGGCAGGUCGCGAAGGUGAUGCAACACAUUGAAAACCAUGCUUAA